CCAGAGCAGAACAGACCAGUCCUUGGCACGCUAGCCCAGCAAGACUCAGCCAUUCGCACAAGCUUUGCUCUCUAUGCAUUGAGGUUCUUUCAAAGUUCGCCACUAGCUCUUUUGUUGACAGCAUUUCUCUCUGUAUUUAGCAUUCUGCCGUUCAUUUCGGAAGACUUCUCGCCGUUACGUCCCUCCAGGCGAAUCCGGCUCUGUCGUGGAAGCCAAAGCGUCCGGGAUCCUUGACAUUCCGCCUACGUUUACGAUCUCCUUGGUGCUGCGACUCAAUUCUGCUACUUGCGACUCAAGGCUGCUUCUGCUGCCGUUUGAAACCAUCCUGGAGCUUUUAAGAGGCGAAUUUCCAACCUGAAACAGUCACACUUUCAACCACCGUGUUACACCACUUUCCCUGUGAUCCCCUACCGAGUACAGAGCCCACCAUAGUGACUAUUCAAUCGAGCACCCCUGCAUUACAGUGUCCGGGUCACGCCAGGGCCGGCCGGGUUACAGUAAAGCCCUGUCUGCCAACCGAGUACCGAGCCCACUAAACCGAGUCGUCAGCAUGCCGCCCACUAAGCCGGCUCCAUCCAGGAACAUUCUGAUCGCCGUGGACCCCAGCCCUGACAGUGAAAAAGCAGUGGCGUGGGCCCUCAAGAACCACAUCCGCCCAUCUGACCGAGUCACCCUGCUGAAUGUGCGCCCCAUAGUGGAAUCCGGACCCGGGCUGUUUGCAGCUUAUGCUGACUCAACGGUGUCAGCAGAGGCGAUGGCAGAGGUGGACCGGGUGAUAGAGAAGCACAACGCCGGUGUGAGGAGGAGAUUCGUGAGCAACCUGUCGCAGCAGCUGGACCAGGCUAAGGUGCAGUACGACAUAGUGGCAGUGCAGGAUGCGGACCCCAGGGAGCGCAUCUGCAGCGAGGUGGAGAGGAUAAAGGCGCACACGCUCGUGAUGGGUUCAAGAGGGCUCAGUGCGGUGAAGAGGCUUGUGCUCGGAAGUGUAUCGGACUACUGUGUCAACCACGCCUCCUGCCCUGUUAUUGUUGUGCGCCCGAAGCAAUCAGAGAUUGCUUGACGUGUCUUCGAUUGAAAGCUACUACAGUAUCAUAACACACUGUUCUGCAAGAAGUGACCAAGUGAUAGCUAUGGCCACUAGGGUUGACUUCACAGGGCUAGGUAAUAUAUUUUAGCUUCUUUGGUUAUCUCUGUGAUUAAAAGUCAUCCCGAAGUCACUGUUGUCACUGUGUGUCCCUCUGCUUUAUUGUUGCCCCAUUGUAAGGAGUUAGAAACAUGUAAAAAAUUUG